AUGUACGCUAGUAACAGGAGCUUGUGUGUUUUGCAGGAGGAAGUGGAAAAAGUGAAAAGAGAGCUUGUAACUGAUUAUUGCCAGAAGUUAAGCAAAAGGAUUUGUACCUACUCACUCCGUGGACAGAUCAUCGCCUACUGCAACAGCUUGAAACAACUGCUGGAAGAGUUCCCACUCAUUUGUAAAACAUACUUCAUCAUAGGUCAUCCUCAAGUGAAAAAGACUAUCAUUAAAGAGGCACCCCAGGCAGAUCCCAGGACAUUUCAAGAACGCCCACAUACCUUGUUUUCAGACGAUGGGCGAGUUUUUGUUAAUUUGUGGUACAUCCCUUACGCAUCAGAAGUACUUUCUAUGUUUAAGAUGCUACCAGAAAAGGCCGCCUAUCGGGCAUUGUACCAGUCUCUACAAAUUAUAGCUGCUUUACAUGAUAUUGUCUCAUAUAUACUCAGUUUUGCUCAGCUGGGAAAUUCGUGCAGUGGAUAUGUCAGUUUGAUAAACAGGGAGAUGACAGCUGACUGGGGAGGCACAGAAGGAAUAGGAGCUGAACUUCGAGACCUUCAGAAGUUAAUAGAUGGUCUGCAGAACCCUCAUGAUCCAAAGGAAGUAGUUGCAAUGUUACUGCUACGACGUGAGGUCAUGAUACUGCAGUUUGAUGCUGCUGUGCGCUACUUGAUCCGAGAAGCAUUGCUGUCCUCCGGGAACAUUUCUGCUUUCAGAACCACAACAGACAAUAUGUAUCAUGGACUCACAGUGCUGAGUAACUCCGUGGUCAAAAGUGCAUCUUCCUCCCAGUUGCCUGUGCCACAGCCUCAUGAUCCACGCAGCCACAGGGCAUUUUUACUUUAUCCUUGGAGAACCUUUUUAGCUGAUGGUGGUCUGUUCCCAUUGGCAAUCCAUGGGCUUCAUGCAAUUGGAUACCACAUGCAGCUCUGCCUCUGUGACAUGACUGAUCAAGAACGCAGUGUAGCUCAUGGGGAGCUUGUUGGAGUUCACCUUUUAAUGGAGGACAUUCUUCAAGGCAAAUAUAACUUUAGUUCAUUUACUGUAGAGGGGAACCUAGAAACAAAACAGCUACAAGUCGAGUUAUUUCCUAUAGGAGAAAAACAGUCACUGAAAACUGAAUCAAAAUUGGAAUCCACAUCUCAGGAUCCAAUAUCAGAAUCUACAUUGCUGAAAGCCUUUUUAAUUUUAUGGAAACAGCUGGAAUUUUUUAAAGAGCAAUGGGGAAAACACAAACUUGAAGUGGAAGAAAUUAACACUGUGUGCCUAUAUAGACAGUUUUGUGAACUCUACAGAGAUGAAAUAUUUUAUCCCACCAUGAAAGCCAUUGCUUGGCAAAUGGGGAAAGAAGAGGAGUUUGAAGGGCUCACACUGAGAUCUCAGGUUGUGCUUCCUCCUAAAGGAGCUUCUGAGAUAGAAGUUAGAGUUCGUCAGCUUCAGAAAAUAAUGGAAAGCUUUGAAAGUGACAUGAUACAUGAUAUGCAAAGGAAAAUUGCCAAGGAGAUGACACUGUUGAUAUCUGAAAGAGCAAGAGAAGGAAGAGGAGUUCCAACAGAGCUUUGGAAGAAGCCAGUUAUGAAGGAGAACUUUUCACCUGGUAGGCCACAAAUUAUUGAAAAAUUUGUGGAGCUGCUAAUGAGUGAACAUCGGGGCAACUCUGCUGAGGUUACAUUCAGCCAGGAACAUUUAGAACGCUGCCUCACAUCAUUGGCUUGUGACGUAAUGGCAAGAGAGCAGAGUAACUUUGAAUCGUACUCCAUGUUUUAUGAAAAUCUACUACAACAAGAGCACCAGUUGCUGUAUCAGAAAGAGCAGGAGUUGCUUGGAAAUAAAAGAGAACGGAAGAAAGCUGAAGCAGGCUUCGAUGAGAAUCCAGACAUGUGCCAUGAACUCAUCAUUGAAAUCACUGCACUUAGAACCAAGCUCCAAGAUGCUGAAGAAGAAAUGAUGAAUUCCAAGGAAACCAUAAAAAAACAAGUGCAAGAUGAAUAUGAGGCCUUAGUCAGGUCUCUGUUUGCGGCAUGUGUAUCCCUGAAGUCUAGAAUAGAUGGAUAUCACAUCAACAUGAACAAACAAGUGACUGAAAUCAUCAGUGACGUUCGUAAAGAAGGUGUGGACGACAUGAUUCUUCUGAAGAAAAAAUAUUUUCCUGGACAAAAUGGCAGUACUCUGGAAAAAACAUUGUCUAUGCAAGAAAAGCUGCAGGAUCUAAGAGAUGAGAACAGUCAGCUCAAAGCAUUAGUUUGCAAACUGAAAGCACUAAAUAAGUGGAAAAUCACAGCCAAGGAUGGCCAGCUGCGGGAGAGGCUGAGAAAAGCUGAAAAGGAAGCUAUUCAGAACAAAAAAGAAGGCUUAAAGCUGAAACUGCUUGUGGAACAAGAGGUAUCCUUGUUACGCCAACGGCUGAUGGGUGCAAGGACAGCUUUGACAAAAACACAGGCUGAAUCCAGCAAAGUAAAACAACAGCUGAGUAAACAGAAACAGCUGCUAAAUGAGUCUGAGCACAGACACUCUCAGGAGACGAGACAGAGACAGCAGCUAGAUAGUAUUAAAUCUGCCAGCAUGGACAAGCUGCUGGAGGAUAUUGAGGAAAAGGAGCACAAACUGCGCUCUUUUGCCGAGGAAACAGAAAGAUCAUCCAAAAUGGGUGUGCUGCAGCAAAGUAAGACAAAAAAAGAAGUAAAGCAGAUAAAGUCUCAGCUCAUACAGGAGCGCUGCUUAAAACUGGAUGCUUUUCAGCGUGUAGAUGAACUACAGAGCCAAGUGUAUGACCUGGAAACGUCCACUUCUCUGAGAUCAUCACCUGGAGGAAUGAAAAAGACAUCUGCCCCCCUUGCAUCCCGUGCUUCUAGGAGCCAUUCAGCAGCACCGGCAUUAAUGUCAUAUGAAACAUUCCACUAUAACCAAGAAAUAUGGGACCCCCUGGAGUAUAUUCCAUCAGCAGAAGCAAAAUCAUACAUCCAAGGAGAGAGGAGACUCCAGAGGCCUAAAACGGUACCAAGCAGAUGCCAAGGCCCUAACCGGACAGAUGGCACAUCACAAGCCAUUCUCACCCAGCUCCAUGAGCUUAGACUCAAGACUAAGUAA